GGACACACACGUCAACCCGAGGAAACCACGGUGAGGCAUGAGAACACAAGCCGAGGGUAACAGCUCAGGAGUUUAAAGUAUCCGGGAGUAGCUGUAAUCGACGAGGGUCUUGCUCAGGAUGCUGAGCAAUCAUCCUACGUUAAUAGACUUAGGGUCACGUGAAGAGGAGGAAGAAGGUGCGUGGCUAUUUGCCCGAGGGAGGAUACACGUCCUCAACAGCUGAGAAUGUCGGAGCAAAACGCUCCCACAGACGGCCCAGGCUGGUGGCCACCAGCGCAACCAUGGAAAAGUUCGUCCACGAGUGUUGCUGGCACAUCAGUUGUGACACGCAAUCCUGAGACGGGGAAAAAUGUAUCAGUGACGACAAUCAAUGUACCACCGGUACAGGAUAUGCACGAUGGCAAAAGCGUCAAGUACCUGGGAGGCCAGAACGGCGUGACAGUAUCAGUGGUGUCGUCCUGCGGCAGUAGCCCCAGCCCAGGACUGAAUGGGCCGGAGCCAGGCUCAGUGGACGAUCUCGAGGAAAGCGAUGGCGAAGUCAGCAAGAUCGACUUCCGUGGCGUCAACUUGCGAACGAAGAAGAAGCGGGACGGCGACCCAGACAGCGUCUCAACGGCGGACGACUCCCACGAGCAGCCGGAGCGUCCGAUGUCCUGGGAGGGUGAGCUGUCAGACCAGGAGAUGUCCUCGAACACGCUCGCAACCCAGGAGCACGAGGAGACCUCGAUGGAGGGAGUGCAGGUGUGCAGUCUGAGUCCUGGGCCCCAGGAGCAAAAAUUCCCGAUAAAGCCUGAGCCAGAUUACCGCUCAAGUCCUGGCACCCCCCAGGGCCACACAGACCCUGCGAUGCCCCAGGCCCACAGCCAGAGCCUCCAGCACCCCCAGCCCCACCCCCAGAGGGACCUCGAGCCGAAUCAUCAGAGCGACCUCCCCCUUCUGGUCGGCAAACUCCUCGGGGGCUACAGCAGUUCGACCCCCAACCACAGCCCCAUCCUGAACCCUCGUCACCACCUGCAGAAGCACAGCCACACGAGAUCCCAGGUCCCAUCCCCAGACUCAGCAAUCCACUCAGCCUACAGUGUCUUCAGCUCUCCAACUCAGUCACCCCACGCAGCUCGACACAAUGCCCUCGGCGCUGGCAGCCCAGUGCCCUCGUCCUCCCUCUCGUUAUCCCGCCACAGCUUCAACAAUUCCACCUCCUCCCUCUCCCUCUCCCUCUCUCACUCCCUGUCGCGAAACAACUCAGACGCCUCCAGCAGCUGCUACAGCUACGGCUCCCUGAGCCCACCCACCCACUCACCAGUGCAACAGCCCAGGCACCCCCACCCCCAUCACCACCAGAUCCCCCAGGGGAGCCCCCUGCACCUGCCCUCGGGCUCGGCGAGUGCCCACUACUCUAGCCCACCUGAUCUGACCAACGACCCCCACAACGACGAGGAGGACUGCAAAAUACCCUCUGCACCAUCGGGCAUAUCGACCAGGCAACAGCUCAUCAACAGCCCCUGCCCAAUAUGCGGGGACAAGAUAAGCGGCUUUCACUAUGGCAUUUUCUCGUGUGAGUCAUGCAAGGGCUUCUUCAAACGCACUGUCCAGAAUAGGAAGAACUACGUCUGCCUCAGGGGGGCUGGCUGUCCUGUCACUGUUGCCACGAGGAAGAAGUGCCCUGCCUGCAGGUUCGACAAGUGUCUCAAUAUGGGAAUGAAGCUCGAGGCCAUUCGCGAGGACAGGACUAGGGGUGGGAGGAGCACCUAUCAGUGCACUUAUACACUUCCAGCUAAUCUCAUGGGCAGUGCUGGGGGCAUGGGGGAUAAAGUCAAUGCUGGGAACUGCAGUCCAGCUCCGGGGGAGCAUCAUCACUCGGCGAGACAUCACUGGAAUCAUUCGCAUAAUAAAAUGCAGGUUGUGCCCCAGCUGCUGCAGGAUAUCAUGGAUGUCGAGCAUCUUUGGCAUUAUAAUGAUAAUGAUCGGGCUGGACAGGGGCAGGGGGGUGCGGGGGGACAGGGGAAUGGGCUGGGGGAGUCCCUGGGGAUCGCCACUGGGAGCAAUGGAAAUGUCGAGGGGAGGGGGGAGCCGGGGGGCUCCAGUCCUGGGCAUUGUCAGGGGAAUUGUCAGGAGCAGACGUCGACGAACGAGGGGACCAAUGAGGGGGGCAACUCCAGUGGCAAUGGGAACUCACAGCCACCCGACUUUCUGUCGAAUUUGUGCAAUAUCGCUGAUCACAGGCUUUAUAAGAUUGUCAAGUGGUGCAAGAGUCUGCCACUUUUCAAGAAUAUUUCGAUUGAUGAUCAGAUUUGUUUGCUGAUUAAUUCGUGGUGCGAACUGCUGCUGUUCUCGUGCUGCUUUCGGAGCAUGAGCACCCCGGGGGAGAUCAGGGUGUCCUUGGGGAAGUCCAUUACUCUGGAGCAGGCCAGGCAGCUGGGGCUGGCUACCUGCAUUGAGAGGAUGCUCGCGUUCACUAAUAACUUGAGGAGACUCAGGGUGGAUCAGUACGAAUACGUUGCGAUGAAGGUGAUAGUACUAUUAACUUCCGACACGAGUGAAUUGAAAGAACCCGAGAAGGUCCGCGCCUCCCAGGAGAAGGCACUCCAAGCCCUCCAGCAGUACACGAUAGCGAGGUAUCCAGAGAUGCCAGCGAAAUUCGGAGAGCUCCUUCUCCGAAUACCCGAUCUCCAGAGGACCUGCCAAGCCGGCAAGGAGUUGUUGAGUCAAAAGCGCGCAGAGGGCGAGGGCAGCUCCUUCAAUCUACUCAUGGAGCUCCUCAGGGGCGACCACUGAACGAACAAAUCCAAUUGAUCUGGUCUUCAAGGUGAAUGAAAAAACGACAAGUUCUUCCAUGGAAAAUUUAUCAAACCCAUGAUCCCUCGCUUAUCGAGUCCACGAGCGCCCGGGAAUCAGGUUGUAGUUGUUAAGGCGAUAGUUCGAAUGACUGCACUGAG